AUGGAUUUUCGCCAUGUUGACAAGGACUUUCGCAAGCUUGCCUUGGUUGCGCAGCUAGUGCUGCUAGCAUUCCUUGCAGCUUAUGCCGCAAACAGGCUCUUGCACAUAAGCCGGUCUGAGCCACCGGUGGAGUCCUCUUUGAUGCGCUGGGAGGGCUUUGGGGAGUGGGCCCUAUGCGGCGGGCCCGAAGUGCCUCAGGCUGGAGUGGGGUUCUACAACGUGUUCAGUGCCAUUGACUUUGAACCGCUGACGCCUGACGCGAUGAGUGCUGUCUCCGAUAGGCUGGCUUCGAAGAUUUCUGACGGCCUUGCGAGCGGCUCGCCUUAUCCACAUUGUGCAAUGGUGAACUUGAGCAGUGUGCCGAACAUGAAACCACCCUUUACCUUCACCCUUUGUUCCAAUUUCAGAGCCGGGCGCCUUUUUCUGAAAUCGAACGCAACCUGGAACAUGGUCUGGGAUUUUGGGGCUAAACGCUACUCAGCCCUCAAGCUAACUUCGUUCAUUUAUGGAAAAGACAAUGGAUAUUCGACCCAAGCGACCCAGUUCUUCUCUGCAACUCACCUCUACAGCGCGGGCUUCGAUGGUGGACCACGCUUUUGCAAGUGGCAGCAGAGUGGUUCUGCCGCAGAACUUUCGUCUAGCGCGACCAGUACCAGUUUCUUCAAUGUAGGGGUGGAAGAUCCAUUGAUCGAAGUCAGCAUGGAACAGGGCUUUGUGCCGCAGAUGUUGGAUUUGAUGAGCAGCUUUGGCGGAUACAUAUCAUUGCUUACCAUAAUCUUUACAUGCAUGUUUGCAAGGCAAUAUCCUGAGAGCACAGUUGUCCGCACCUUUCAAGCACGCACGCUUUUCGGAAUGCACGCACCUGGCGAGCCUCCUGGUGACGCAGAGUCUCCUGCCAGGCACGCGCCUGAAGAGAGGGAGAGGGAGACCAACACCCAUGACGGCGUAGCGCGAAUGACGAAAGCACCACAGAACGAAACCAUUGGCUUUCUUCGAGAAGAGCCAUCAGCCAGGCCAGCCCGGGGGAGUGAGCAGAUGCCACAACUGCCUGCAUUCAGUGCACUUCCUGUUGGCUACCGACCUACGGAGUAG